AUGUCGAAUACUAAAGAUAAUGAGCUGUCUACUAGUAACGGAGAAGUUACUGGAGACAUUCCUGCAGUAGUGGACUCUAAAGAGGACAUCAAGGCAGAGGAUGCCAAGGCAGAGGAGUCCAACGAAGGAGCAGAUGCUGUGACGCAAACGGAAGUCAAAGCCGAAGGAGCAGUUGACACUUCAAAGGAAGUUGAAGCAGAAGCCAAGUCUGUUGAUGUUGAAAAAUUAAAGGACUCCUUUCAAGAGAAGGCCAAAAUGUAUUUGGCUGAUCAAACUCAACCAGUUGUGAUUCCAUCGUUUGCCAAAUGGUUCGAUAUGAAUGGCAUUCACCAAAUUGAACAUAAGCUGUUCCCAGACUUUUUCCCUUCGAAGCAAGAAAUCCAAGCAGGUGCUAUCAGAUCACAGUAUAAGACUCCAGAAGUUUACAGAAACAUAAGAGACUUUAUCAUCAAUGCUUACAGAUUAAAUCCGGUUGAGUAUUUGACCAUUACGGCUGUUAGAAGAAAUGUCAGUGGGGACGUUGCUAGCAUAAUAAGAAUACAUCAAUUUUUGGAAAAAUGGGGUUUGAUAAACUAUCAAGUUGAUCCUCGUACUAAAUCAUCUGUUACUGGUCCAAGUUAUACUGGACAUUUUCAAGUACAUUUGGAUUCCCCUAAAGGUUUAGUGCCUUUUGUUGAAAAUGCAAAGCAAUUAAAGCAUAAGACCUCCACUGUUACUACUACUACCAUUACAGAGUCUUCUCGAGCAAAGGACAAGCCAUCAUCAAUAACUUUAGAUUCGAAGGAAACAAUCAUGCCUUUGAAUUUGGCACUUAAAACAAAUGUUUAUGCCACUAAUGAAAUUGAAAAAUCAUCUCCUGGGGUGGUUCAAUAUUUCUGUAAUGUUUGUGGUAAAGAUUCCUCAAGUAUACGGUAUCAUAAUUUGAAAUCUAAAACCAUGGGAGCAAAUUCUUCGGUCAAUAAUGCACAUGUUUUGUGUGAAACGUGUUUUGAUCAAGGAUUAUUCCCUGCGACAUUUACCUCAAGUGAUUUCAUCAAGAUGAAGGACACACAAACAACUGAUAGUUCUGUGUGGAAUGAGCAAGAGAUUUUAUAUCUUUUAGAAGGUAUCGAGUUGUUUUGUUCAACAGAUUAUAAUGAUAGUGGCAGUGUUCCAUUGGUACAAGAGAAUAGUAAUGGUCAAUGGGAUAAGAUCAGUGAGCAUGUAGGAACCAAGACACGGGAACAAUGUGUAUUGAAGUUUUUACAGUUGCCUAUUGAAGAUCGUUACUUGAAUAAGCUUUUACUGAAGCCAAAGGUAGCCAAUAACUCUACAUCCACCAACACUGAAUUAUUAAUACCCAAGAUUGCUGAGGAAUUAAUUAAAAGAGAAGAAGGUAAGAAGCUUUUUGAAGCUAAUGGUAAUGCAGCUAAAGAACUGGCUGCACAAGAACAAAAUGAAUUGAUAUCUCAAAUCAUACUGUUGACUCUAGAUAAAGUGGAAUUGAAAAUGAAACAUGUGGAAGCAAUGGAAGCCAAUAUGAUGAAAAUACAUCAACAAUUGGAUUUAGAAAGAACUCAAAUACUAAUGGAGCGUGUGGAAAGAUCUAAAAAAGUUGCUGCAUUGAAACAAGCUCAUCCUGAACUUGGUGAAGAACUUGAUGACCUUCUUAGACCAAUAGAACUUGUUGAGGUAAGACAAGUUUUGAAUAGUUUGAAAUUUAACAAGAGCAACUCAAUGGAAGUUGAUGAGACUGCAAAUGGAUCUAAGGUUGACUUGAAUGGUAUUGGAAUGCCAGUGAGUGUUACACAGCCUAAGGCCUACCAAUUCUGGUCUGGUUAA